ACCACAACCACAACGACUGCCAGUAGUGCCAGUCCGCUGGCAGUCAGCGUCAGCGCGCAGUCAGUCAGCGAAUUGUAGUCUGGUCGGUCCAAGCCGGUGGCAAAAGUUGCUCCGUCCGCGGAGCCGCGACAUGCACCUCUCGCGUCUCGUUUUGAAUAAUUUCCGCUCGUCGCACAAUUCCGCGUUUCGUCGAUCAUCGUCGAUUCACCGUGAUCGUUGCAUAUUUCGCAUGAACUCGUUGGUUCCGAGCAGUGAGAUCACUCGAUGAAAGUGCAAGUGCCAACAAGAUUAGUGUGUGCGUAAGAACUUUCCACAGGGAUUCAGUGAAAAGAGUGAAGAGAACGUGCGACCUUGGACGAGAUAUUAAACCGAAGAAGGUUUCCGCGAAGAAGACGAAACCUAAACGCAGCCACGGAUGGUUAACGACGUGAUGAGCGAGUACGAACGGAUCAAGCGUUCGUGCUUGAAACGAGGAGAACUUUGGGAAGAUCCCGAUUUUCCUGCGACCCAAACUUCCGUCUUUUACCAUCAGACGCCUCCGUUUCAAUUCCAAUGGAAGAGGCCCAAGGAAUUAUGCAACCGUCCAAUAUUUGUCAGCGACACCCCCGCCCAGUUCGACGUAAUACCUGGUAAAAUGGGCGACAAGUGGCUGGUGUCUUGCUUAGGCGUGUUGCACCUGAGCAAGGGGCUCUUUUACAGAGUGGUACCGGCCGAUCAGGGGUUCGGUAACACCGGGGAACCGCCCGGUUCACCGACUUCGGAAUACGCCGGGGUGUUCAGGUUCCGUUUGUGGUGGUGCGGCGCAUGGGUCGAAGUUCUCGUCGACGACAGGCUACCGGCGAUUCACGGACGGCUGGCUUUCGUGCAGAGUCGUCACAGCGAUCAAUUCUGGCCGGCUCUCCUGGAGAAAGCGUACGCCAAAUUGCACGGCUCGUACGAGGCUCUCAAGUACGGAACCCUUCUGGACGGUUUAUCUGACCUCACCGGGGGAAUCACGGAGAGCAUCGCGAUACGACAAGAUCCUACGGCCUGCGGACGAGUUCUCGCCAAGCUCCUCGACAUGACGUCCCUUAUCACUUGUACAGUAAACAACAAUCAACAGCAAAUUCGUGCCAGUACGGAGAAGCUCGCGAACGGUAUUCAAAUGGGGAUCAACUACAGGCUGUACGCCAUCGAGAGGGUGGAGACGUUCAAUGGCGAGGCGGUUCAGUUGGUAAAAUUAAGAAAUCCGCUCGGACCUGGAAGGGAAUACGUCGGCGCUUGGGCGAGAGGCGGCCUCGAAUGGGACGAGAUACCACCGAUAGAAAGGGACCGUUUAGCGGUCAGAAACAUGGCCGAGGGCGAGUUCUGGAUAUCGUAUUCAGAUUUCGUGAAGACGUUCACUCAUUUGGAAGUCGUACAUCUUGAUGCCGAAACAUCGAGGGAUGAGCCGUCGUUGCAUAGCAAACAUACCUGGCAAAUGAAGCUUUAUCAAGGCAGUUGGAGGAGAGGCGUGACCGCGGGAGGAUGUCGAAACAAUGAAGAAACUUUCCACAUUAAUCCGCAAUUACAUUUGAUUCUGAGCGAAAUGGAAGAAGUGAUCGUUUCGCUGUAUCAGCAUUCGAUCAUGGAAAUAAAAGUCAUAGGUUUCACGGCGUACACUUUACCGAAAAGCAGCACGGAGUCGAUAAACAAGCAAUUUUUUAAGAAGAACAAGUCUUUAGUAAAUUCGCAAUACACAAACAGUCGUCAGGUCAGUCACAGAUGUCAAUUAGAUCAGGGUGGCUAUUUACUGGUACCUACUACUUUUGAGCCUACGCAAGAAACGAGUUUUACAUUGAGAGUUUACAGUAGUAAGCCUCUAAAGCUCAAACUUCUGGAUACACCGCCGUCGUUGGUAAAGUCGGCAAUUAUCAAAGCGCCGCCUCUGGAAGGGAAAGGUUUUUCGCAGUACGAAGCCGUAUUCUUACAACUCGCGGAUGAACAUAGAACGGUGAACGCUUUCGAAUUGCAAGAGCUCCUUGAGGCUUGCUUGCCGAACGAUUACAUAAAAAGCUGUGCAUGUAUGGAAGUAUGUCGACAAGUAGUGCUCACAAUGGACAGUUCCGGAAGCGGCCGAUUAAAAUUCAACGAUUUCAAGGAUCUGAUGUGCAGCUUAAAGUACUGGCAGGCUGCAUUUAAAAAUCACACGAAAGAGAAGACUGGGAUACUUAAAGCGGAACGACUGCGGGACGCGUUGUUGGAAGUUGGAUUCCAACUAAAUACGGAUGUGCUCUCGAUUUUAAUUCUUCGAUACAUGAGAAAGGAUGGAACUCUCAGAUUUGGCGACUUCGUUUCGGCAAUAUUACAUUUAAGCGACGCUUUCGGAAUAUUCGAAAGUAAAGACCCUUUGCAAAACGGAACGAUAAAAUUAAGUUUAACCGAGUGGCUCAGAUCAGCUUUAAUGUGCUGAACCAUAUUACUCUACGUGAAGCAUGUACCUUGGAACGCCUGUAAAUAAUGUUUUGUACGUCGUGUAGAUUUAAGUUUUAGCCAUAUUAACGAUUAACGAUCGAUAUCAUCACGUUUACUGUUUGUAAAAUAGUAUCUCUAUUUCUGCCAUUAGCGAUCAUCAUUCCCUCAUCUGUGUUUAAACAUAAUGUAUAAUACGUUGUUUGUAUAAGAAAAUCGUACUACAUAAUAAAGAUCGAAUUUAUUUUGUACAGUCCCCUUAUCCAAAA